AUGACGACGACGAUGAUGAUGAUGAUGAUGAUGAUAUCUAUUAUUCCCUCCGCUCCCUACCCUUCAUUCACCCCGGCCCGGGACCGGCGGCACUUUGCCGGAAGUGACGCGCUCUCCGCGCGGCGGAGGCCGGAAGUGACGCGCUCGCCGCGCGCCGGAAGCGGGCGCGGGGAGAAGCCGGAAGCGGCCGCGACGGCCAUGGCGGCGCCCGGCGGGCGGCGGGCGGGGAGGCAGGAGGAGCUGCGCCGCCUCAUGCGGGAGAAGCAGCGCCAGGGCGCCCAAGCCAACCGCCUCGACGCUCCCUUCGCCAGGUACAACCGGCUGGGACACCUGAGCUGCGGCCUCUGCAACGUCCCGGUGAAGAACGAGCGCCUGUGGCCGACGCACGUCCUCGGGAGGCAGCACCGAGAGAAAGUAGCCGAGCUAAAAGGCGUCAGAGAGACGGCCCCGGGCCCCGCCGCCCCGCCGCCGCCGCCCCCUCAUCCCGCCAAGAGGAAAGCCGGCGACGCGGAACCCGACGGAGCAAAGAGGGCCAAAGGUUCGAGUACCCGGGCCCAGGCGGCGGCGGCGGGAUUGCCCACGGACUUUUUCGACAAAGCGGGAAAGGAGUCGGCGAAGGUUUCGGGGCUGUCUUUAAUUGCCGCAAGCUGUGGAGAAGAAGAGGAGGAGGAGGAGGAGGAGGAGGAGGAAGGAGAAGAAAAGAGCGGCUGCGGCAGAAUCCCGCCCAAGGGGCAGCGAUCGGAAGCUCCCACGCCGGAGAAGGGGACAGCGAGCGCCCUACCGGCCGAUUUCUUUGACACCGGCGCCGCGGCCGCCCCUCUCCUCUCCCACUCUGGGUCGAUUCUGAAAGCCGAAAUCCAAGAGAAGGAGUCGGAGAGGAAGGAAAACACCGCGGAGGCCUUACCGGAGGGAUUCUUCGACGACCCUGAAGUGGACGCCAAGGUACGGAAGGUCGAUGCCCCGAAGGACCAGAUGGACAAAGAGUGGGAUGAGUUUCAGAAGGCCAUGAGGCAGGUCAACACGAUUUCAGAGGCCAUCGUGGCGGAAGAGGACGAGGAGGGGCGCCUGGAUCGGCAGAUCGGUGAAAUUGAUGAACAGAUAGAGUGUUACCGGCGGAUCGAAGUGCUGCGGGACCGCCGGGACGUGCUCAGGGACAAGCUGAGAGAGGCCCUGCUGUUGAGAGCCGCCCGGGACCAGGCGGACGACGACUCGGGCAGCGAGGACGACGGGGAACUGCAAGAUUUGCUGUCCCAGGAUUGGAGGGCGAAGGGGACUCUCCUGUAGGUCCCCGUGGGACGGCGCGAGGAGGGGUCGGGGGGGGCCCUUGCCGACCCCAAGCGGGGCUCCAUCCGAGGGCCGCCUUGACCCCGGGGUGGGGGGGGUUUCCGAGGAGAAACGUCCGGACGCCAACCGUCGGUCCGUCCCCCCCCCCCGGGUUGGGUCGGAGGACCGUGGAGGCAAAGAGCGGCUCUCUGUACGGGGCCGGUUUGAGCGGGAACUGACAGCUAAAGGUCCUAGGUUGAAAUCCUAGCAUCCGUUUUGCCUAAAUACCGGGAGCGUUUUCAAUGCCGACUGUCGGAGGAGCGACCGAGACCUCGGUGUCCGCGGACUUCGAAAGUCCCAGGACGGCGAGAAGGCGUCGAACGGGAGGAGUGUGAAUUUACUAUUAAAGUCCUAGCAUCCGUUUUUGCCUAAA